CCUGUCCAUUUUCUAAUUUACUUGUGUAUUCACCUCUCGUAUGUACGCUUCUAUUCUACAUAGUGGCAAUGGAAAUUUAUCCUUUCUUUGCUGUGUGGUUUUUGACUGCAAUAAGAGCUCUUCCUUGUGAAAACAACCAGGUCAAGUGUGCGACUGGUGUUCACUGUAUCAAUAAUAAUGAUGUUUGCGAUGGAAUAAGACACUGUUUAGACGGUUCUGAUGAAGAGGGAGAAUCUUGUAAAGCAUAUGCCUGCCCUGAGAGUAAAAGGAAAUGUACUGAUAACCAACAAUGUCUCGAUAAACAAAGUUUGUGUGAUGGAUAUGAAGAUUGUAACGACAAGUCAGAUGAAGAUUCAGUCUUCUGUCGAGAUUACAGUUGCUUUGAUUUCGAUCAAAAGUGUGCUGAUGGAUUACAAUGUAUCAGUAAAUACAGUUUAUGUGAUGGACGUGAAGACUGUACAGAUAGAUCAGAUGAAGAACUAGAAGUUUGUAGACUAUGGAAAUGUGACAGCGACCAAGUUAAAUGUGAUGAUGGCAUACAAUGUAUUUUCAAAUCAAGUGUGUGUAACAAAGACACAGAUUGCAAAGACACAUCUGAUGAGGACGAAAAUAUGUGUAAAGCUAGAGAGUGCGCACCUGGCGAGAAAAAGUGUGCAGAUAAUUAUCAGUGUAUAAACAUAGACAAUGUUUGUGAUGGAUACACGAACUGUAAUGAUGAGUCUGAUGAAGAUCCAGAAGAAUGUACAGAAUACAAAUGUCCUGAUGGCUAUGUUAAAUGUGCAGAUGGAAAAGAAUGUAUAUUUAAACCUCGUAUCUGCGAUGGCCGUGAUGAUUGUCGUGAUGAUAGUGAUGAAAAUAAAGAAAAAUGCAAAGCUAGAAAGUGUGAAUAUUACCAGACAAAAUGUGCAGACAAUGCUCAGUGUAUACACAUAGAUGAUGUUUGUGAUGGAAAUACGGACUGUAUUGAUGAGUCUGAUGAAAAUGCAGUAACAUGUAAAGCAAGAGUAUGUCCUUAUGGUUUUAGAAAGUGUAGUGAUGACUAUCCUUGUAUUAAUGAAGAACUGUGGUGUGAUGGAGGAAAUGAUUGUUCAUCGGGAGAAGACGAAGAUCCUGAUAAGUGCUUACAUUAUGAGUGUCUUCUCGGAUUUGUAAAAUGCAAAGACGGAAUGCAGUGUAUUCGUGCUUUUGACAUGUGUGCUUGGUUCUGGAAUUAUACAAGAACAGUUUGUAAAGAUGGUUCCGAUACUGAUACAGAUUAUUGUUCCGCUUUCGAAUGUCCCAUGCAUAUGGAAAGGUGUCCUAAUGGUCAUGAAUGUGUACAUACAUCAAUGGUUUGUUCUGGGGAACAGAUGUGUGAUGGCGAGUCAGAAGAUGAAAAAGAACUGUGUACAACAUAUACUUGUGGUGACAUAAUGUCCAAAUGUGAUAAUGGCUACCAAUGUGUGUUCGAUGCCAAGAAAUGUGACGGCUUCGUAGAUUGUGAAGAUGGUUCAGACGAGAAUAAAGACUUGUGUGUAGAGAGUCGCAUCUGCCCAGUUGGAAUGGUGAAAUGUGAAGAUAGUGUUCAGUGUAUUUACGAUAUGCAGUUUUGUGAUUUUCAUCCGGACUGCAACGAUAAAUCUGAUGAAAACCCACAUAUUUGUACAAGAGACAGAGUUUGCCCCACUGGAAUGUCUAGAUGUUCUGAAGAAGACCCGAAGUGCAUAUAUGAAAGCUGGUUCUGCAACAACCAACCAGAAUGCUACCAAAGAGCGGAUGAAAAUCCGAACAAUUGCUUAGAUCGUCCAAAAGGAUCCACUAAGUUCCCAUGGCUGACAUAGCUUGCAGUCAAAUUGGAUUUAUAUAAAAACCAUCUCGCUACGAAGACAGAUAAACAACCAUUGAAGUGUUUGAAAAGUAGUAAAUGCUUUUAUUGUAUCUGUAGAAAAUAGGGAUAGCAAUUUGGUGUGCACGAAUCUUGUUUGGAUAUGCUAUCACCAAAUAAUAAAAUGAUAUGCUAUACGUC